AUGCCACCCAAAAGAAAAUCCGAUGGCGCCGCGGCAUCCACCACUAAAAAGGGCAAGAAAGCUAGUCCUGUGCCGGACGAGGACCUGUCGCUCUCACGACACCCGCGCUGGGCAAAGGUUUCUGCCUCCGGAAACUCGGACGCAGCGUACCGCGAAUUACUGCGUGAUCCUGAAUACGCAUACGCGUGGCUCACUGCGUGUAAGCAGCUAUUAGAGAACGGCACUCUAGAAGGAGAGGAUGACGAAGACGACGAGGAUGAAGAGGGGAAAAACGAUCCACAUUGUGACGGGGGCGCCACCUGCCCUUGUAUGGACCCGGUCGCUGAGCAUCCAGAAGCCAAGUAUUGUAUCUCCCGUGCUGGCAUGCAGCGAUUCAACAUGGUCAGGGAAAUGUUCCAAUAUCGAGACCCUGAUACCUUCGGAAUGUACACCUUCAACGAUGCGUCCGCUUAUGGGCUACUCGAGGUCAUGGAAAAUCAGAUUUUGGACUUCGAGGAGGCACAUAAGAACUGGAAGGCACAAUGGGCUGUGUGCGAGGCCGUGGCUAUGUACAUUGGAGCCGACGAAUUUCCUGCGCUGGGACAUGUCGACGAUCCCGACACGCGAGAGAAGUUCCUAGGUCUCCUCGGGAAAAUGUUCCUUACUAUGCUCGACAAACUUGCGAGUAUGGAUCUCCUAAAUACAGACUCAGAGGUCAAGGACCUGGCUGUAGUGAUGACUAUGUUUGUCCAGAAUUCUCAGAAACUGGGCCAAUAUGGCCUUUAUUUCCCUGAAGACUUUCCGAUCAAUGUCCUUGCCUAUGCCCUCAAGCAUGAUAUUGUUCUGUCGGAGCUGCUUGAAGUUGACAAAUUUGUGAAGGAUCACUCUGAAGAAGCAGCUGGUGUGAGCCUUCCUGCCUUGGAUUCUAAUCGCAAUGACCCCUGGAAAUUUGCAGAUGCACUCAAACAAUACCGCUCAUCGAAACGCCCAAACAAGAUGGGCGGGGAUGCGUAUGAUAUUACGACUUGGACUUCGGCUAAGCGCAAAGCGAACGCUUUUGAUAAGAGGAAUGAUCCCUGUCCUAAGCACAUGAUCGACGCGCUCAAGAAGGGAAUGUUUAUUGGACUUGGUUAA